ACGUUAUUUUUUUUUCCCCUCCUCGUAUGGUUCAGAGCUACUUGAGGCACGGUCCAACUCAGGCGUUCGGCGUCGUCUGCAGCUCGUCUUCCAACUCGCUAUACGACGGUAAACUGGCCUAUGUACCUGCCCUUGAAGAUGUUUUGGUCUGGGAUGUUAAGAAGGGUCAAAUGUUAGCAAUGUGGCAUGAAACUGGCCAUCGAUCGGAAGUCACUUGCAUCCACCGUUCACCCAAACAAAAUAUUUUCGCAGUGGGAUAUGCCGAUGGCUCCAUACGGUUGUGGGACUCCUCAGGGUUCGUUGUCACAACAUUCAAUGGCCACAAGAAAGCGGUCACUGCACUUGCUUUCAACGAGCAGGGAACCCAUCUGGCUUCUGGGUCGCAAGACACUGACCUCAUUAUAUGGGAUGUGGUAGGAGAGGCCGGAUUAUACAGGCUCCGAGGACAUCGAGACCAGAUUACUUGUAUCAAGUUUUUGCCCGUAUUCAGCGACAUUCCCUCGACUUCCGCGUCCUCCGUGUUCGGUAUGUUACUCACAACCUCAAAGGAUACUUUUAUGAAGCUCUGGGACUUGUCUACACAACAUUGCCUGCAGACCAUUGUUGCCCACCGGUCUGAUGUAUGGUCAAUGGAUAUCGAUAUUGACCAAAAUUUAAUAUUUACCGGAAGUGGCGACGGCGAAGUGAAGGCCUGGAAAUUUGACAGAGAGGUCAUAUUCAGCGGUUUGAAAGAAAGUGAUACAGGAGAGAUUGCAAGAGCAAUUGAAACCGUCGCGGCUCUCCCACUCUCCUCGAAGCAUCGCGUAUCCCAAAUCUCUUUUCACCCUACACAACCCUUUCUUGCCGUUCAAUCCCACGACCGGUCAGUUGAAAUAUUCAAAAUCCGGACGGAGGAAGAAAUUCGUAAGAAGCAACUCAGACGGAAAAAAAGGGCUAAAGAGAAAAAAGAAAAGGCCCGCAAAACUGAGGACAACAAAAAGGAUGACAAGGAACCUGAAGAGGUUGAGAUCGGGCUCGUUGAGUUAUUUACACCUUAUGCGGUCGUUCGCGGAAGCGGAAAGAUUAGGUCGUUUGACUUUGGUCCUGGCGACAGUACAACAAAGUCUGGCAUACAGAUCUUUACCGCAUUGUCCUCCAAUGCAAUAGAAGUGUAUUCGAUACCACUUCCAGCCAAAUCAAAAGAGUCACCAGAACCUAGUCGAAUUCACACUGUUGACCUGCCUGGCCACCGCGCAGAUGUACGCACAUUGUGUCUGAGUUCUGAUGAUCAAUUACUCGCUUCAGCAUCCAACGGAUCCCUAAAAAUCUGGAAUUUGAAGUCAACUGCAUGCAUCCGCACGAUGGAAUGCGGAUCAGCCGUAUCCAGCACCUUCCUACCUGGUGACCGACAUGUCGCUAUUGGGACGAAAUCGGGAGAGAUCCUCAUUUUUGACAUCUCCUCCUCCUCCUUGAUAGAGAGCGUGUUGGCGCAUUCUGGAACUGUUUGGUCCCUCCAUGUUCGAGCUGACGGUCUUGCAAUGGUCAGCGGAAGCGCGGACAAGGAAGUCAAGUUCUGGGAGUUCCACCACAAGGACGCGGACAAUGAGAGCAACCAAAGUGGUCGACUGUUGUCGUUGCUUCAUUACAGGACACUCAAGAUGACAGAUGAUGUGCUAUCUGUGAGAUAUAGCGCGAACAACAAAUUCAUCGCUGUAGCCCUCCUGGACUCAACGGUCAAAGUCUUCUAUCAAGAUUCACUGAAGUUCUUCCUGUCACUCUACGGACAUAAGCUUCCUGUUCUCUCCAUGGAUAUCUCGUCCGAUUCAAAGCUCAUUGUCACCUGCUCCGCAGACAAGAACGUUAAAAUCUGGGGUCUCGAUUUUGGUGACUGCCACAAGUCCAUUUUUGCUCAUGAUGAGAGUGUGAUGCAGGUUGCCUUUGAGAAAGACUCCCAUUACUUUUGGACGGCUGGCAAAGACAAGAUGGUGAAGUACUGGGAUGGAGACAAGUUUGAGAAUAUUCAGCGACUUGAAGGACACCACGGGGAGAUUUGGGCUCUUGCCUUGAGCCACCAUGGCAAUUUCGUUGUCACCGGCUCACACGACAAGUCUAUUCGUGUCUGGGAAAAAUUAGAUGAACCUCUAUUCCUAGAAGAGGAACGAGAAAAGGAGCUGGAGGAGAUCUACGAACGGGGAAUUGCCGAUACUGCCGCUUCGGCUGAGACUACUGCCGAGAUGACCGGCGUGAGCAAGCAAACGACGGAGACGGUUACGGCUGGGGAGCGGAUUAUCGAAGCUUUAGAUCUGGCGGACGGAGAGCGCGAAACGUAUGAAGAAACGCUUGAGGGGUUGCAGCCUCCUCCACGCAACCCGGUCCUCGCCGCUUAUGACCUCGAACCGGAGGCUUACGUGCUUCGUGUUGUUGAAAAGGUUCCUAGCACAGCGCUGGAGGACGCACUGCUGGUACUGCCUUUCGGAAAAGUUAUCUCCUUGAUGAACUACCUCAACAUCUGGUCGCUCAAGCAAUGGAAUAUCCCACUCGUGUCACGUAUCACAUUCUUCUUGUUGAAAACACACCACCAUCAGAUUGUCGCCAAUCGCAUCAUGAGAACAUCGCUCAUACCCUUGCGCAAGCAUCUCCGCCUUGCUUUGCAGCGUCAGAAAGAGAUGGUAGGAUAUAAUCUCGCCGCACUCCAAUACCUGCGCCAGCGCAAUGCGCACGAGAGUACAGCUACGUUCUUCGACGAGGAGACGGUUCGAGCGAAGAUCUCCGAGGUCAAGAAGAGGAAGAGGGUGCUAUAAACAUACAAAGCGAGAUCGAUUGGCCUUUUUCAUGAUGAGCUGAGAAAAGCGGAGAACUAUACCACUUACCAGACUGUUUCCAAGAACGGAAGAAGAGCUGGCCUCAUUUGGACAUCUUCAAUGCGGCCUGCAUCCAAGUCUGACAGAGCGGCGAACGCCGCUUUUGUCAGAUCGACGUGCCUGGACCCUUUGGCACACCCAGCACAAGUAUCCACCACCCUCACAAAGACGCAUUUUUUAGACUACUCACACUCGAGAAACUUGAAACACUGCGGCCUAUCGGUCCAUCCCUCGAGAGUCACAGCACAAACGAAUGAUUCAUCCUAAAAA